AUGUUAGCUCCAAUACUUUUACUUUUGUACUUUUCUUUUGGCACUUCGAGUGCUAAUUGUGGUGGAUACAUGUGUGGAGGAGGCGGAGCAACGAGUUAUUAUCAGACGUAUGCUCAACAACAACCAGCUACGAGAUAUCAGCCAUCAUACACCCCUGUCCAGCAGCCAUCCCAACAGCUUCUCCAGUACUAUUACCCUGCUAACACUUAUCAAAUUGCUCCUCAACAACUACCUCAACCAAUGCCUCAGAAGGUGUCACCCCCUGUAAUUUCUUCUUCAAUCGACAAAGAAGCUACAGUAACCACUGGUAAAAUGAAUUAUGAUGAAUUUGAAAAAGAACUUGAAAAACUGAAGCCCGCUUCCGCGGUGACUUCAGAAGAGAAAGUGGACAACAAGUUGGAUUUGAGUGUCUUGAAUUCCUCGAUUCCUACUCAAUCCAUCACUUAUAUCCGAGAGUUUCCAGGUGGUUACUCUCCAGAAGCAUUUCUGACCCGUCCACUACCGUACCGCCCUGUUCCAUAUAUCCCAAUGCAACUUCCUGCAGCAUGCCAACAAUAUUUUAUGCCUCGUCCGAUGCCACAAGUCACUACUCCACAAGUUUUUCAACUUCCAUCCGCUUAUGUAACAGCGCCGCCAGUGACAGUACGCCAACAACCAAUGUCCAUUCUUCCGCCACCAAUUAACGAUUGUUGCGGGAAGUGUGGAGCGCCAUGCAAAUUUCGAUCGAAGAAAAAUGUAAUCGCAUUGGCCUCCAAGAUAUUCACUGCUCAAUUCGUGCCACGCAGAGAUACAGAUGAAGAGGACGAGCCAAAAGAUCCAAAGUGUAGCAGUGAGAAACUGAAGGAUCUCAUGAAUAAGUAUAUCACUCGAACGGUCGCUUUGUCAAAACGUCUGAUUCAAAAGAAUGCUGAAAGCGAGCUUGGAGGAUACUUCUCUGUCUUCUGUUCGAUUGAUGAUUUCAGUUAUGUUGCAAGAAGUGAAAUGUUCUGUCAACUUCAGAAGAAUGAUAUAACUUGUUAUGCAUUCAAACAUAAAUAA